UAGCCAAGAUGGCGGCAGCAACGGACAGAUGCCGUGCGGGCAGCGGGCGGUGAAGCCGUUUCCGCCGCCGCGGCCUCGCCAGCAAUAAAAAUGGCGGCGUCGGUGCUGGAAGUUGUGGGCAAGCUGCAGUCGCGGCUGGCGGGGAGCUCCGAGCCCAAGAAGCUGCUGAAGAGUCUGAAGAGGCUGUCUGAGCUGCCCAUCACGGUUGACAUUCUUGUGGAGACGGGUGUUGGGAAGACCGUGAACAGCUUACGGAAACACGAGUUGGUGGGAGACUUUGCCAAGAACCUUGUAGCCAGGUGGAAGAAGCUGGUUCCGGUGUCCCAGGAGGCAGACAGAAAUAACGUAGAUUCUGAAGACCGUGACUAUGAGAGGAGCAGUUCAAGCAAAAGACAUCAGGAACCCUCCCUCAGAGAGGAUGAGGAACCUGACCAGGAGUAUUCAGAACCCUUCCAGCCAUCUUGCAGCCAGUCUUAUAGCCCAGAUCAUAGGGAAAAGAAGUCCAAAAGGUAUCCUAGGCCUGAGAGAGUCCAUGAGACUUACGGCUAUAGCAGCCACGAGGGGAAGGGUUGGGGCAGAUCUUCCCCAGUGCUCUCUUCAGAUCAGGAGUAUUCGGACUGUGGACAGGCUGGGUCACCUGAGCCAAGUGAGAGCCCUCAGGACAUGUACACAGACCCUUAUGCCUCUGAGGAGCAGGAAGAACCAACAGUAUUUCAUCGGAAAGCCAGUAAAGGCCACAGCUUUCAGGAGAAGCUGCAGGGAGGCCGGGAAAGGAACCCCGCUGAGUUCCAUGACAAAGGGAACAUGAGUCGAAGCAAAGAGCAUAAGUCUCACAAGAAGCAGCGGUUUGAUGGCAGAGAGGAGGACAGGAGCUCUGCCUUCAGCCCUGAAAGAUUGCACAAAACCUCUUUGAAAGAGCAGCUCCAAGAGGCCCCCAUGGCAGGGGGCAGCAAGGAGAAGCAGAGGACGUCGGAUGGCAUCAAGAAGGAGAAGAACCGAGAGAGUGGUGCUUCCAGAAAGGAGAAGCUGCACGUGGUGCCGCACACGGGGGAGGCUUUGGACAACCACGUUAAGAAGCAGAAACAUCGGGACUCUGAAAAAGGCAAAUUGGAAAAGCCCAAGUUGAGCUUGGAGCCCUCGAACUCGGAGCGGGAGAAGCGGAAAGCUGAGAGUGACUCCUCAAACAGGGUUAAAGAGAAGGGGAGCUUAAAAUCUGCAGAGGGGAAGCGCAAAGCCUCUGACACAGACAGAAAGUCUGUGGGCUUCUCCCCCAGCUUUGGGGAGGGGGAAGUGGAGGAUGAGUUUGAACAACCAACGAUGUCCUUUGAGUCGUACCUCAGCUAUGACCAGCCCCAAAAGAAGAAGAAGAAAGUGGUCAAACCUUCUGGGCCAACUGGGGAGAAAGACCGAGGGCACAGCAAACAGAACGGAUCCAAAGCCAGUACCAACAGCUCGAGCUCGAGUCGGAAGAGUCCAAGCCACAAGCGAACAAGUGAGAAAAAAGCAGAGAAGAAAGUACCAGAGUCUCCUAAACCAAAGAGGAUACUUUUAGAUGUGGUACCAACGUUACCAGAGAUCCCACUGCCUCCAAUCCAGGCCAAUUACCGCCCUCUUCCUUCAAUGGAGUCCAUUACCUGCUCCCAGACAAAAAGGAAAGCAGUGUCCUCGCCAGUUGAAGAGAGCGAAGCAGGUUUCACAGGGCGCCGGUUGAAUUCAAAGAUGCAAGUGUAUUCAGGCUCAAAAACUGCCUACCUCCCCAAGAUGAUGUCUCUGUAUCAGCAGUGCAUCAGAGUCCUUAGUAACAACAUUGACUCAAUCUAUGAAGUGGGUGGUGUCCCUUUCUCGGUGCUGGAGCCAGUAUUGGAGAGAUGCACCCCAGAGCAGCUGUACCGCAUUGAGGAAUGUAACCACGUCCUCAUCGAGGAUACGGAUCAGCUGUGGCACAAUCACUGCCUGCGAGACUUCAAGAACGAGAAGCCAGAGGAGUUUGAGUCCUGGCGGGAGAUGUACCUGCGGCUGCACGACGCGCGGGAGCAGCGGCUGCUCAUGUUGGCGCGGAACAUCGGCUCCGCUCAUGCCAACAAACCCAAAGGUAGAGUGGCCAAAAUGGCAUUUGUGAACUCUGCAGCAAAGCCCCCUCGGGAUGUACGAAGGAGACAAGAGAAGUUUGGCACUGGAGGACCUCUGCUGCCGGAGAAGACCAAAAUAAAACCAGUCCUGUACACAUCUAGCAAAAGCCACACUCGUGUGAGUGAGGAGCAGUCCUAUGAUGGGCCCAGCACCAGCAGUGCCCAUUCUGUCCCAUCUUCAGGUAGCACCUUCUCGUCCUACGACCCCAAGAAACCCCCAGUGAAGAAAAUUGCACCCAUGAUGGCAAAGACUAUCAAAGCUUUCAAAAACAGGUUCUCUCGGAGAUAAGCUUGCAGUGCAGAUCUGGGACUUGCCCUCUGGUGGGGAGUGGCACUGAAGGGGGAGAAGGUACUCACAGCCCUUUUCCUUGAACUCUUUGGAGGCUGCAGCUGCUGGGAGAAGCUUUGAUCUGCACAAGACAACAGCACAGUAUUUUAUCUUCUAUUCUGGUCCCUUUCUCAGUGUCAAGCCCCCUCUUUUCCACCUGCCCUUAACACCCCGUUUCUGGCUUUGUCGUCCGUCAAAAGGAGGGCGUACAAAACCUCCCAACACAAGAAAAUGUGAAGUCUUGGCACCUGCUGAGAGUGGAAGAUCAGAGACUAUUUACUAUUUAACCUCUUCAUAAAUUAUACAAUGGUUUUAAUUAA